UCUAGACAAAUGAACCGAUCUAUGUUUGCGAAGGAACUUCUACUAUUUUUUUUAUUUUGCGGAGUGGAAUUUACCUCUGCUUUAUCGGAACAACAGGAACAGAGAUCGCAAUGCCGUAACCAAACGGUAUUUUGUCCUUGCAAGGACAGGCGAGGAGUGAGUGGCCAUGUGCUUGUGGUAACGUGUAGUCAUCAAAACGAUCCAAAACGUUGCCCAGGGAAAGCUUUUUACUCAGAGGAGUGUGGAAAAGGUGAGCUUGUUGCAAUUUCAGAGCAAUUUAAGGUUUAUGUUAAAAUUAUGGAGAAAUAAGCGUAAGCUUGUUAAGCUUAACUUUGUGGAGAUCUCUUGUGAGAAAUUUGUUUAGCCAUCUAGUGGACUCUAUUGCCCAAUUAGUUGUGAAAUUGGAAAAGUUAGUGAUGGAGGAGGAGGGUUACCAUUUCAUUGUAGUAGUGAGGCGAAGAUCUUAAGGACUGUCAUUUUACGCCUUCCUUUGGUCCUAUCGAGAAGUUUUUGAUUUCACCUCGAAACUUCCGCUUUCAAAUUAUAGUUCUGAGAUUUAUAAUUGAUUUGAUGUCACUUCAAAGCCUUCGCAAGAAAGUAGCGCUUAAGGAAUUGCAGUAAAAAAAAGAUGAAUGAUGAUAAUGGAGAUAAGGUAAAUUGCCUCAUCCCUAUCAGAUUCAAGGCCUUUUGUAACCCUGUAACUCCAAGAAGUGUUCAACAUGUAACUUCUCCCCACAAUAUUCAUACAUUACCCUGUAAACAGGUUAUGAGAUACCAUACAAUACUGUAUUUUAUGUGAAGUUUAUGCUUAGCACAAUCAGCUUUAAAAGUUUAUUGAUAAUUCAGGGUCUUUGUAAUCCUGAUCUAACAUUAAAUUCUUGUUACUAAGUUACAAGUAGAUAUGUAGCUGCUAGAGGGGCGAAUCUUCAAUUAGAUCAUGGGAGUUCUUUGUAUAGAAGUUUCAUUUACAUACCUGCAAAAUUUUUAUUCGCAUAUUUAUUCGUAUAUUCAUUGUUGUGAAUUUGCUGGCACAAUUUGCAAACAGGAUUUCUGACUUACAGUAUUGGUGCUUGUCACACCCUCUUUGGAUUGUUAUUGUGAUUCACGACUAUAACCAGGUCUUCACAUAGUGAAAUGUUAAACAUUUCAAAAUCAUAAAUGAAAGUGGAGAGGCAUUCAUUAUUCUUAUUUACCUCAUGUACAAUGCAAAUGCCAGAAUUAGGUCUGUUGAGCGACCCAAUCUAUUUAUUGUAAAAACGAGCACAUCCUUGACAAGGAGAAUUUGCUCAAUAAUUAAUUUCCGGUCGUUUACCCGCACGGCCGAUUACCCGCACCGGCCGAUUAUUGCAUACGGCGAAAAAAAAAGUCAACAGAUUACCCGCACUGGUGGAUAACCCGCACGUUGUUAUUCAACUUUUUGGUGGCGAAAACGUGACAUUAAGGUGAUACAUUUCAGUCUUUUAAAAGUUGUCUGAUCCAACUUUCGAAAACUUGAAAGCGUCUUUGUCGAGUUUAAAGGUCAAAGAAAUUCAGACGCGUGCACAAUUCUGUGUCAAUAUUAGCAUGUACUUUAUUGAUAAGAUUAUACAGUAAAAAUACUAGCGGCCCAUGCCCAAAUCUCAACAUUUCAUACUUGACAGAAUGCGAAUUUGUGGCCACAUUUUGUGCGAGCGAUCGUUCAGCGCCAUGUCGAUUUGUUGAAAACAAGCUGGGUGAGUAUUAAAACUUGAAUUAUAAAGUACUGGCGAUUUCUGAAAAAAUCGAUAUCUCCGGUUCUAUUGGGCCUAACAAGUCCCUUAAAACGGGAAAAUUCUCUUUAGCUCAAGCUAGUGUUAAAUGGAAAUUUGUUACUUAUGCGCCGGAUAUCUAUGGAUAAUUUUUGUCACCAUCAAGGUUUUGUUUUCACGCGUGCCGAUAAUAAUUUGUUCGUCGCGCAACUAAUUAUGCGUGAAAUAAACUCGAGUCGGCAUCAUGUUUUCGUGCCGCUUUACGGCACUAUUAACACAAUAAAAUUUACUUGAGAGGUGGAAACGCAUGUUGGUGAUAUUUUUUUUCAAUUCAACUACCACUGGAUUUUAAAAUUGUCACAUAACCCGCACCUCCCUAUUACCCGCAGUGGCGCGCGUUUAAUGCAAAAUCAACAGAUUACCCGCGGGUAAACGACCGGAAAUUGCGAUAGCAAACACUAGCUCCACUGAAAUGACAAGUGUGAAUGUCAAACUGCUACCUUGUGUGUUUUGUAACAAUCUUGGUCAUGUGCAUGUCCAAUCAGUAAAAAGUGAUAUAACAAAUCUUUUAAAGGGUAUUAUUGAAAUUCAUUAUUUUAGAUAGGGUAUGUUGUAUGUAAAGAGUAAUUGCAACAGUUAUAUUCAGUAUUACAAAGAUGGGUUUAUUGAGCAACCUAGGCUUUUGAAUUGUGUCAUUAAUUGUGGAUAUUCAAGCAAAGUCAGGGUAACCUGUGGUUAUUAACUUCAUACAUUAUCAGAACCAACUCUUUUUUAGUUUGAAAUAACAUUAAACCAUUCAGUUAUUUGCAAAAUAUCCAAUUCACAAACUAAUUAUAAUGAUUAAUUGAUUGAUUGUCUUCUUAUUUAGUGUACUUUUCAUCAAAAAGGCACAGACGUGGCACAGGAAAUUGUAAUAAUGGAAUCAUUCCAGGAUCCCCUCACCCCUCAGAUGAUGCAGACCCCUAUAUAAUUAUGACCUCUGGAUCUACCAUAACAAGAGGUGUGGAUGACAGCUACACAUUUGAAUGCAAGGUCUAUUCAAAUUUUUCAGCAAAUGUAACUUGGCUGAUUGAUGGCAAACCUAUUUCUCUGGAUGGAAAAAAAGAGAAAUACACAUUUAGAUCCUGCAAUCGAAGUGUAGAGGUCAAAAUGAUUUCAAAAGAAGACGAAGGAAACUACACAUGUGUUGUGACAAAUGAGAAGGGGAAAAGUUAUUCAGCUACAGCUAAGUUGUCCGUGAAGGGUAGGUAACCAUGCCUGAGGUCUGUAGUGUAAUCUUUAGAGCAAGGUUUUCCCCCCUCACCACUAAGACCCAAGUAUAACACAUGCCUGUAGCUGCCAGCUUGCCCUAAAUUGAAGGGAAAAACUAUUAUCCUUAAAUAAAUGGUGCAGACUGAGCAGGCUCAAGUGCUAUAUUUAGAGUUAUCUCUCUAUUGUGUGUCAGACUGGUUUAGAAAACUGUUGUCUUCAAUCAUAUGAAAUGAUCUCAUAAGACUGACACAUGUUAAAAGCAAACUAAUAAAUUUUAAAUUGAUGCUCCUCAUUAGCACACUUCAACACAGAAUUUGAACAAAUGUGAGAUUUGGCCAAACAUAAGAUUUGAGCUCUUCUUCGCCCGAGAAAGCAAAGAACAGUUGGAGAUGGAUGAUAAUAGAGUUUGAGUUAAAAAAACAUCAGAGAAGUUUGGCAGACCUUUCCGUAAAUAGGGUAAUUAUUGUGGCAGGGCUGUGGCCAUGUAUUGUAUUUCUCAAGACAUUAAAUGAGUUACAAUGUCAUCUAUGCAUUCAGCUGGAUAAUGGAAUUUGUGAAAAAGUAAAGAUAUUAGCAAAGUUGUUUUUAGGACCUGAAAAAGGUACAGACAUAAAUAAAAAUUUUGAAAGUAGAUUGAUGCAGAUUUGAUAUGUUUUUGUCGUGAUAUAUUUUUACUGCUGCAUUAAGUACUGGGGUAUAGGCUUUGAAAUCCCUAUUAUUUUGCCACAUGGAUUGAGUAAAAUUUUUGUGAGACAACCAAAUUUUGGUAAAUUGCAUUUAACUGUUGGUUGAAACAUUCGCAGCCAUUGGUUUAAUUUGAGAAUGGAAUUUUUGUACAAACCUUACUGCAUUGACCUUACUGUACAGGCUAUAGGUUUUAAUUCAAUCUUAAGGAGCUAUGAAUGUAGAAGAGUGAAAAACUAAAAUUGCUUGAAAAAAGUCAUCAAAUUUGCUUACAAAACAUUUUGUUGUUGGUACUGAUGGACUGGAACUGCAGGAUUAAAUACAAUGAAAUCUAUUAUCAUUGAAUACAUUGACUUGGCCUUGAAUACGAGGAAAAGGUUUGAGUAACAUUUGAUUCUUACAAAGUUGUCUAUUUUAAUUUUAGUACCAAGAGGCCCAGUUAUAGAGUAUGCAAAACUUGAUGGUUUGGACACAGCUUACAUUGGAACCACAGUCAACAUAACUUGUAAAAUCCAAGGCUUUGAUGGUGUAAUUGGCUAUUUCUUGAAGAAUGACAUAAUGGUAAUGGAGGAUGAUGAACUACAGAAGUAUGAAUAUUUCAAGCCAAGAGUAAUAGUUACACCUCCCAACUAUGUUUUCCAUCUGGAAAUUAAGAAUGUCACCAUGGAAGAUGCAGGAAACUACACAUGUAAAGCUUCCAAAUAUGGACUGAAAUCAACAAAAACAUUUCUUCUUGAAGUUGGUAUGGUAAAUGACUCUUUCUUGCAUUUAUUGAGGUUUUUUUUACACAGUACCAUCUACUCUGUGUGGUGAUGUAUCACCUGCUAGUUUUUAUGAACCCUCAAUCUUAUUCUGCUUCCCUUCAGAAAUACAUGAUUGCAAAAUAGUAUCCUCUACUUAAUGUGUUGCUAUUAACAUUAAUUAUAUGUUCUAAUCAGCUGUUUUCGUAAGUGUGUUAGUAUUCAUUUUGGUCAUGCCUGAAGUUAAUGGUCUUAUAAGAUAAGAUUGACUCAUUCAUACUUGUGAUGACUAUUUCUCAUUCCUGACUUUUAUACAUUGUAAAUCUAAAACAUCUGUUUGUGUGGAUUUGAUCAGGAAAUCUGUUAGGGAAUUUCACUGUUUUCAUGAUUUGGAAAUAAAUGUAGCUGUUUUCAUUAACUAGAGAAGAAUUGAAAAGCCCUCAACAGAAUAUUGGGCUGAGUUGAAAGGGAGUAGAGUUGGGUUAGACACUGUUGAAACUAAAAAUGUGUAUUUUCAAGGGGGGUUGUUUUCCAGCUCUGAAAAUUCCUCCCAACUGAGCUCCCAUAGGACAAUGAAGCAAUAUCACAGUUUUUACAAUUAAUUGUUUAGGGAUUUUUCCCUUAAUUUAAUCUUUUCACUCCCAGGUGUGAAUAGUAAGUAGUUUCUUCCAACACUAAUCCAUAAUUUUUCAAGCAGAAAGGUGAUGACAAAAAUGAAACAUCUAAACUUAAAACAAGUAUCUCAGAAGACCUUAAUUUAUAAAAAAAAAAAGUUAUUUAUAGACAGUGUAGAGAAUUGAUGUUUGGAUCCAGGAGACCUCUUUGGCACAACUAGGCUUGACCCUGUCAAUCUCAGAAGUGACCAAAAUAGGAAUUUCUUCUCACUGAAUCAAUACAAUUUCAAGAAGAAAUGAAAUGAGAAGAAAGAGGAAUAUUCACCAGGUUAUACUUUAUUGUCUCAUGCCUAGAUUCUCAGAACUGAAAAUAUUAUAAACUUAUUGGGUUCAACGCGGAGAACUGAUUUGUAAAUCUUGGGAGUUGAUUUAUUAUUGGUGUCUUCCAGCUGCAUUACAAAAUUUUAUGAUAUUUAUGAUCCAUGCAUGCACAAAAGAUCAAAUUUUCCUUUGUCAUUUGAAGUUUACUCUUUGGGUUUCACAAACCAGCCCUCCAGGAGAUGUCUUUAGCUUUUAUGUUUUGUUUACUCAUUUUAGGUCAUGUGAUAAUAUUAUUUUACUGGAGAACUGAUGUUUCUUUCAACUUUCCUCUCAUUUAUAUGCAUAUUUGUAUGCAUGUAUGUACUGUACGCAUAAUUUACAAACAGUAAAGCUGGAAAUUCUCUUGAGACUUGGUAAACAAAAUAUGCAAGCUCAAGAUUUCUACUGCAGAAAUCAUUUUGGUCAUCAUGGCAGGAAGAAAAAAUUUUGGCUACUGAUUUUGCAGUCUGUGAGAGGUGCCAGUUUGGGAACCUGUGUUUGGAUAAUAUGAAGGAAGUUGUGAUUUUUUAUUACUUCAUGUUUAUGCUCCAGGGUCAAUUGAGGAAAACAUUCUCAGUGUUGCCCUAUAUGAAUUUAUUUCCUUCUCCUUGAAUUCUCAAGUACACUUUUCUUUCUGUGAAUAUUUUAUUUCCAAGGACUAAUGAACUGUUUUUUUCUGGCCACCAAAUGGUGAAUCGAUACAAGGUUUAGCUCAGAGCCAUAUAGAUAUACCUUUUUAGCUUAAUUGUAUAUUUGUUUUAUUUUCUCAAUGGAAAGCUCAAGGAAAUUCCCUCCUUUACCUUUUUUAAACUAUGUAUACAUUGGGAAAACAGACAUACAAGCUAUAGGUAAAUUUUGUUUUGAAUUGUAUUGCAGGACCAUGUCCAGCGGGUUUUUAUUGCCCUCCAGGAAGACGUGAUCGCAUUCCAUGCCCUCAGGGAACAUACCAGCCAAACAUUAGCCAGACAUCUGAACAGGCCUGUAAACCAUGUCCAGCUGGUUUUUAUUGCCCUUUAGGGGCAACUAGUCUCAUUCAAUGUCCAAUAGGAACAUACCAGCCAAACAUUAAGCAGACAUCUGAGCUAGACUGUAUAGUGUGUCCAGUUGGUUUUUACUGCCCUCCAGGAAUGGCUAGUGGCAUUCCAUGUCCUCAAGGAACAUACCAGCCAAAACAUUGGCCAGACAUCUGAACAGGCCUGUAAAUCAUGUCCUUUCUUUACUAACUCAUCAAAGAAUCCAAGUGGUAUACGACCAAAUGUAUAUGAAGCUGACUGUCCAGGAGAAGAUCCAAGUAUUACAAGUAAAGGUACGGCGUGGAUGUGUAAAUCAAAGUUAGAGAGAGCAUUUUGCCCUACUUGCUUUUGUGAAUCUGUUUCGAGAAACGGUCUGCAACCUAGUUCUUCAACUAUUCAGAUAAAAGAAAAUGAAACUGUAACCACUGCUUGUGCUUAUGUGUUUUUGUUUGGCCCUUUGAACCCUAAUGGUAUCUAUGAUUUGAAUUUCAUAAAUAUAUAUAUAUUUUUUUGACAUGUGUAAUGCAAAUUACUCAUUUUAUUUUCCAUUUGUUUUAAUUAGUGUUGACAACAACAUCACAAGAUGUCACGAAGAUUGCCAUAGGCAUGGCUUGUGCUUUUCUUAUUAUCAUGGUUGUAGUCUCUCUAUCAUUGUAUAUUGCAAAGGAAAAACAUUGGCUGUGGUUCUCUUCCUCCAGACACAGCCAUAACCCAGAGUGUUUCCCUUGUCAGCCAAUGUUAGGUAAGAAUGGAGAUAUAGAGAAUGCUGAGUGUGCUGAAGUUUGAGGAAGUUGCUAGAAAUAGGUAUUUAGUAACUUUUUGCAAUGUCUAUUACAACAAUAUAAUCUAUACCCAGCUGGUGAUUUAGCAAGAAAAUAGUUAAAUGAAAGCUGUUUAUUCUGUCAAGUAACCCUAGCUCCCUUUCAGGAAUCCAAUUAAAAAUUAAAAAGACUAAAAUUAACGUACACUGUAGGUUCUUUCAACUUGGCAAACUAACAUAUUGCGAGACUAUGAAAUUCAUUUGCUGCUUGCUUUUAAAACAGACGAUGUAAUUGCCAUACUUUGUUUAGAAGGCUAACAAUGUGUAGCUAGACAAAAUAAAAUGUAAUUAUAAAAAUAAAAUGUAAUUAUGAGCCUGUCAUGCGAGUAAGUUUUGAAUGACAAGUACACGUGAAUUGUAACUAGAUUAUUCAUUCUCGAUUUCUACGCAUGACAUCUUAUUUUGGCUUUUCCCCUUUUUUAAUAGGAAGG